CGUAAUGAAAUUCGUGAACUCCGUACCGAUAUACGGGAAAUGAAGUCCGGUAUGGAUUUCAUAAAUGCCGAAUUCGAAGGUAUCAAUAGGAAGCUUGAAAGUGGAGCUGCGGCUGAUAACGAACUAAAAAAAGAAAACGAAGAGCUGAAAGCUAGGUGUCUAGCACUUGAAAAAGAAAUGAAAACAAGCCAAAUGAGCAUUGUACAUUGCGAGCAACACUCACGCGCGUACAACCUUGAAAUUAAAGGAGUACCAGUAAUCGCCAACGAAAAUCUGAACGAAACGCUGCGUCAGCUCGGAGAAGCAAUUGGCGAACGGAUUGAUACGGCGGACGUCGAAAUCUGUCAUCGAGUUCGCACACGAGAACGCGGAAAGCAAAACAUUGUCGACAGGGUGCUUGCAAAGGCCCGAUCAAAACGAAUCACGAACGAAGACCUGGGACUUUCCGCAGACUCACCCGUUUUUAUAAACGAACAUUUGUGCCCAACUUUGAAAAAAUUGCUUGGUAAGACUAUUGCCAAAAAACGCGAUGCCGGCUGGAAAUUUGCAUGGGUAAGAAAUGGGAAGAUCCUAGCCCGCAAAUCAGAAACUACCGACUUUGUGUCGAUUGAACACGAAGGCGAUCUCCUAAAGAUUUGUUAA